AUGGCCUCAUUCUUAGUGAUCUCCGCCUUCUUCCUCUCUUUCCUGUGAUUCCAUCGACCUAAACCCCGCUUUCAAUGGCUUCUUCAACUGGACUUUCCUCGAAAUUCUCCCCUCUUUCAUCUUCCUUCAAGCAAAAUCAGGUUCUUCUUCGUGGGAUCUGUAAUGUCAACUCAGUUAGCCUCCGAUCUCGCGGAAUGCGGCCCGGAUCGCUGCGCCUCCGUGUUUCAUGCGCGGCUAAACCCGAGACUGUGGACAAAGUUUGUAGCAUAGUUAGGAAGCAACUGGCACUGCCCAAGGAUUCUGCAGUCACCGGAGAGUCGAAGUUUACUGCACUUGGAGCUGAUUCUCUUGAUACGGUUGAGAUUGUGAUGGGACUUGAGGAGGAAUUCGGAAUCAGUGUGGAAGAAGAAAGUGCCCAGCAUAUCCUCACCGUUCAAGAUGCGGCGGAUCUGAUCCAGAAGCUCGUGGAGCAGAAAUCCGCCUAAAAUGUUGUCGUAGAAUCAUCGGAUCGAAUGGUAAACCUGAUGUUGCCCUAAUGUUAGGUUUGGUUUUGUUGCUUAUGGAACAUUUAAACCAACAUUAAAGCUUGGUUGUUCAUCGUUGCGGUUAGACUUUAUGUAAGAACUCAAAUGUCUCAUUUCCAUGGUGUCCUGAGGCAUUUGCUUUAGGAGAAAAACAUUCAUUGAACUC